CAACGAGCUCUGUUCCAAUCCACAAUUCUGGACUUCGAUUCUCUCGCAACCAACCGCAUUGAUACGAAGACCAUGACUAUUGAGCCGUCCAUAGCAGAUCCUCUGGCCACUCUUCCACCGGAGAUUAUUCUUCGCAUCCUGGAAUUCUCCUCCGUAUCGGCGGUCGCCUCUCUCCUCGCAGUCUCGAAGGCUUGGCACCAAUUCAUCGACGUCACCCAUCAACACGCUAUUUACGGUGCCGAAUCCAAGACCAAACAACCACCCGGCGGCACCCGUGAUUUGGCCUUCCUUUCGAAUAGCUGCAGUAUCUCAAAUUUCUUCAAUGGCACGUCAUCAUGGAAGGAUCUAUGCAAGCGCCAGACCUUGCUUGCUCGCAACUGGGCUGCGCGGCAUCCUGUCAGUCAGGAAUCGGUGCUUCAGGUUGGCAACGACCCGGUCUGGCGCUUUCGGGCCGACUUUAAGCGGCGCUUCUUCAUCUCCACCUCUCAUGCCGGUGGAUUGAAUGUCACCGAUAUGGACUCGGGUCGUAUUCUGUGGCGCCUUCCCUCUACCGACGACCAUGACGAGGAUGCCGUUCGCCCAUACGCCCAUUUAGAGUAUCAGGAUGGAAUGGCAGUCUUUGACCGGGAGGGAGAUGCCGUCGAGGUCUGGCAGGCCGGAUUGGAUGGCGCUGCUCGCGGGGAGUUUCGACGCGUUGCCAUCUUGAAUCAUGAUUGCCAGACUAGGGGCUUUCAAUUGUCUUACUGGACGCUUUGCGUGGUGUCGAAUGAAGGGCACGGAUUUGUCUAUGACAUGACCCAGAGACCUCCGGUAUUAACUACCCAACUCGAGAUUGAGCCGGGCGCCGUAGGACAUUUGGACCAGUGCGAGGAUGCCGUGAUUUAUUCGAUCGGAACCAAAGGCUACUAUGCCUAUGAUAAAAAGUCUGGCGCCUUUCUGGGUGUCCUACGGCCCUCUCACUGUACCCAGAAAUAUCACAUCUGCUCUCCUCCGCCCGGUGGAAGUCGGCGAAACGUGAUUGCCCCUAUCGACAUUGCAAAGGGUCCGCUCCCACCCCCGAGCGACCCAGAGCACGUACGGAAUGGAGAGGACGAAUGGGGAGCAGGAAUGUUGGACGGCGAGCUGUUUGUGGGCUUUUCCCGAGCCGGCCGUGUUUUUAUAAGCUCUGAAUGGCGCAAAGCCUUGCACGAUCACUCUGCGACACACAGCUCUCUUUUAGAAUGUGAAUCGGAUGGGUCUAACUUCGAUCUGGGCGGCUGGCUGUCUGUUCGUGGUCACCGCCUGCUGUUUGAAAUCCAAGAUCGGGCCUAUGUCGUUGCCUUGGAUAACAAUGAUCGCAUUCAAGACGUCCACCAUCCCGAGCGCGGUUCGUUUUCCAUAUUGACCAGCUCCGCCCCCCAGCUGGCAGUUCCCGUCAGCUACAUGGUAUUAUGCGAUGAUGCGAUUAUGACAACGUAUACGACUCUUGGUUGGCGCCAAUCGAGCUCCAACGUCCCCGGUAGUAAUCCAACCCCGCCACACGAGAUCCCCGCACGGAUUUUCCCCACCAAAGCCAUUCGCAUCGUGAGCCUGGCCCCUGAGAUCUCCAGUACAAAAUCAGCCGAGGCAGGUGAACUCGGUUCGAUCCCGAAAGCGCGAUCCGGCCCAGGUCAACCCACAGAUCAGAUGUGGCAGUCACAGGCAGCGUUGUUGCAGCUGGUCAGUUUAUUGGGGGACGAACCUGGAGAGUGGGAGGACCAGGAAGCUGCUGAAGACGAAGAGGACGAGGUAUGAGCCUCUCUCGAGCGCUGUCGUACGGUCAAGAAGAGGAACCCAGAAUGCGCCAAUGAAAUGUGGCAACCACCUAGUCAUAUGGCAAUACUGGCCAGGUUGCCGGGCUUGACAGGGCCCCUGAUGGUCCUUCCAUCUUAACGACUAACUCCGAGACAGCUUCUUCAUACUAACCCCGACCCAGGCUGUACUAUACCAGGAAUCCCAACCACCGCAAAUUUUGAAUCAAACUUUAUGGGUGGCUAUAUUACCAUUUCGAAGGAUCGUAGGACUAGGAGGUCUCACACCGUCCUCUAACAAGGAAUCGUUGCCUAGGACUGCUUCCAACAUCCACGGAGUCGUAAUCAUUCUAACUUCACGUUGACGUGUGUCCAUUUGGUAACUAGCAAGACAGCGAUAAUAUUUAGAUCCGCAUGAAUCACAUUUGACCUUUAGGUCCGGUGGAUGAGCCGGAAAAUCGAGCGACGUGUCUGUUGGCGGGAGACGAUGCAGUAGACCGUCUCUUUCUGGGACCAGGAGCAAAA